CGCCCCGCCGCGCAGCCGCCCACGCUGGCCGCGCAGCCCCGCCCCGGGGCCGGCCAAGGCGCGCUCUCGGGCCAGGCCCGCCCCAGCCCACUUCUCAUGGUUCACUGCUGGCGGCGGCAGUCAGCUGCUCGCCGUGUAGCCGCUGCCCGAGGUGCAGUGAGACAGCAAGUCCUGGGAUCAAAUUCUGCCAAGGCUCCUAGUCAGCUGCACGCUUAGUAUCACUAAACCCGGUCCUGGGGUUGUGCAAUGCUUCCGUGGAAGAGUCCUAGGACGUGCAGCCAAGGAGCCACCCUUGCUUCUCCUCCACCUCCUAUAUCCACGGAACACCAGGAAUGCAGCCACCUCUUGCCACCUCUGUGGUUGCCACCAUGGCCAUAACCCAUCGUGUCUCCCCGGCCGAAGCCUCCCGGUUCAUCUGCCUGCCUUCAUCUGGCCCCUCCACAGCCCUCACAACUGCCAAAGAGUCUUCCCCGUCUCUCAGUCCAUCGCGCUCGGCCAUAGCGCUCGCCGAGUCCAGGGCCCCAUCUGCAGAACUUGAGCGGCGAUGACGUUUGCUGAGGACAAGACCUACAAGUACAUCUGCCACCACCACAGCAGCUUCUGCCGUGUGGAUGUUCUGGAGAUCCUGCCUUACCUGCCCUGCCUUACGGCAAAUGACCAGGAUCGGCUGCGGGCCUCCUACACGCGCCUGGGCAACCGAGACACCCUCUGGGACCUGUUCAACAGCCUGCAGCGGCGGACCGGCUGGGUGGAUUCCUUCAUCCGGGGCCUGAGGGCCUGCGAGCUGCCGGAGCUCGCUGACCAAGUGGCUGGCGAAUAUCAGCGCCACCUGCCUCGGGCUGCAUCCCACCCGGGAGCCCCUCGCGGGGCACCACAGGAGGCGCCAUCACUUCCUGCCGAGGUUCCUGGGGCCUCUGCACCUGCUGCAAACCCCAGCAUCCCCCACGCUGGCCACAGAGAGGAGCCAAGUUACCCCUUGCCUGUCCAGGACACCCAGCCUCCCAAGUCCCUGGGAGAGGGUUCAGAGCAAACGCCACACACACCCAGCUCUGGGGUCCUCCUGAGGACACCCAGCGUUCCCCUGGAGCCCUCCUCCUCUGACCCAGCAGCCCUCGGCCCUCCGAGCCCCAGCAGGCCUCAGGAGCAGGACACAGACUUGGCCAGCAUCCACACAGCAGGCUCCGGCUCCAGCCCCGCGCCACCCUGCGGACCUGUGUCUCCGUCCGUCUCCUUCCAGCCUCUGGCCCGUUCCACUCCCAGGGCGAGCCGCUUGCCCGGACCCGCCACGUCAGUUUCAUCCGCUGGCACCUCCUCACCCCCUGGCUUGGCUGCUGGACAGGGUGCUGGUGUCCAGGCAAAGGCCACCGUAUGCUCCAGCGACACAGUGCCCACCAGCUCUGUGCCCCCCAGUGCAGCAUCCUCCAGGGUGCCCAGCAACGCAAUGUCUGGGGACACAGUAGCCCCCACAGCGCCUGCCAGCUCCGCAUUCACCAGCACGGUGCCCUCCAAGUUGCCCACCAGCGCAAAGCCCCCCAGCGCAACGUCCUCCAACGUGCUUCCCAGUGUAGCACCAUCCAAACUGCCCAUCAGCUCAACAGGUGCUGGCACGGUGUCACCCAAAGUGCCUGCCAGCACGGCGCCCACCAAAACACCUGCCAGCACGGCGCCCACCAAAACACCUGCCGGCAUGGCGCCCACCGUCAAGAGCAGCACCAGGGCUGCGGGGACCCCGGUGGCUCCAGCACCCAGAGGUGCCACAGGAGGCAGUGAGCCCUGGCCAGACGGCAGCUCUGGCAGCUUGCACUCUGGGCCGGAGGUGAGCAAGCCAGGUGUGCUGGCCUCCCGGCUGGACAGCCAGCCUUUCUCGGGCUGCUCCGCGGAUCUCGCCAUCAGCCCCAGCAACUCGCUGCUCCCCGAGCCCGGCCACGGCCCAGAGGAGAACGAGUACGUGUCGGUGGGCACUUUUGGGCUCCACGUGGUAGAAUGUCCCAGCGCUGACCUGGAAAGCAAACCUGGGCUGAGCGCCACCCAACAGCCUCCACAGCCCACGGACGAGACUGUGCAAUGGGUCUGGGCAGAGCCCUGGGCUUUGUGGUUUGGGGCAGCCGUGGCCAGCGCACUCAUGGCCACACUGCUGGCUGUGCUGUACCGGCGGCGCCUGCUUCACUGAUGGCCCCAGGACCACCUGCUGCACACCUGCUCAGCCCUCACCGCAUGCUGCCUGCCCUUCAUCCCUUCCUCAGGGCUGCAGGGCUGGGCCAAGGGGAGCUGCGGGGCUGCAGGCCUGGCAGGAGAUGUGGAAACAGCAUUUCCGUCCCGGAUCGUGCCUUCUCUGGGUCCCUCUUCAUCCUUGGCUUCUCUGGAUCCUCCUCUGGCCCCCCUGCUCCAGACCCGCUCACCUGCAUCCCGGUUGUCACCCCAUGUGCUGGGGAGGGGUGCCUCCUGCCAGGCUCAUUUGCCCAAAUGUGCAGAUCAGGAGGUGCAGCUGGACAGCUCCUGGGGUUGGCAGUGCCCCUCGCCCUGUCCUGGUGCCCGAAGACCUGAGGGCAGGGGUGCUGUGUCAAGGGGCCUCAUAAGACCUCCUGUCCCCAGUGGCCCAGCCCAGAAGCCGCUGUGAGUCCUGCCCCAGCCACUUCACCCCCUUCUGGUCUCCAUUCUCAGCUCCCUUCUGGGGUCAGGGAGGGGCCGCCUGGUGAGCAGAGCUCAGCUCAAGGACUGGGCCUCAGAUGCAGCCCUCCCUGGGCUGGGUGGCCUUGGCAGAUGGUCCGACUCUGGUCUCACGUGGAUAGCGUGAGAACCUGGCUCAUGCUUUCCUGGGAUUUUCUGAAGCGAAGCAGACAGGGGUUGGCCCAGAGCCGGUGACCACUGAGUGCUUCCCUCGCUCUCCUGCUCAGCUUGGUAGAGCUGAGGGCAUGAAAGGCAGAGUGUGCGACAGGCUGGGGUGCAGCUCUGUAGGGCGGGCAGCCAGGCCUGCAGCUGCCCUGCCUCUCAUGAGCUCCGUGACCCCGAGUGAGCUAUCAGCCUCUCUGUGCCUCCAUUCCCAUCUGUAAAAUGGGGGUUAGCACACACAUAUGUAUUUAUAGACUCCUCAUGUGUGGUGAGGAUGAGUUGCUCUGAGUUGGACACCUGUUAUGACCACUGCUAAGUCUGGAGGGACUGCAGCUCCUGGCCGCGCCUUUGGGGACAGAGCCAGGUCUCCCGCUUUGGCCUCCUUCCUCCUCGAUUGCCUGUGCACCGGGGGACUGGGGGGCGGGAGGUGUGUCUACCUGGCCAGCCGUGCAGGAUGGGGACUGGGGUGUUCUCCCGCAGGGGCCAGGUGGGUAUCUGUGGUCCCAGCCUGAAGCCUGCCCACCCACUGGUGGGAAGAUUGGCUAUGUUUAUACUAGAAAUGCAUUGGGGUGCAUGGGUUCUCUGCAGGUGGCCGUCACUGGACAAGGGGCAGGCACAGGAGCUACCUGUGUUCCUGAGCUCUGCAGGGGACAAGAGCCAGUGUCUGCAGAGAUAUCGGGGUUGGGGGUCACUGUCGCUCACGGCCAGCCUGGCAGCCCGCGGGGUUUGGUGCCCUGCCCAGGCCGCCAGUUUCGCCUGCAGGGUCCUAAAGACUUCUUCCUCUGAGCUGCUGUUCAGCUCAUGCUCCAGGCCCAGCAGCCUGAGCUGUGAAACCAGGGAGACCCCUUCUCUAGCGGCCUGCAUCCCUGUGCAUCACCCCCGCCUGCCCUCGCCCAGCCCUCCCUGCUCCCCUGUUGGGUAGGGCAGUGAGCAGUUCACGCAGACGCCAGUUUUAAUCUGAAAAAGUAGGCGGCUGGAAGGUAUCACUCAGCCCCAGGACUGUGGCCAGAGGGCAGGGCCGGCAGUCAGGCGCCACGGGAAGUGCCUCCGGCAAGUGCAUAGCCAGCGGAGGGACUCCCGGCGCUCUCGCCUUGUGCUUCCAGAAGCCUGGCGUGGCCUGUCUUGAGCCCUGUCCUCGUGUCAGCUAUUGUCAGCCUGAAGUCCUCUCCAUGGCCACUUGAAGCAGGAGCAGAAACUGGCCCGUGAAUUGGCACGGUCAGAUCACAGUAGUCUUGCCUUUGGAUGCAGCUUUCAGCUGCAUGCUGGAGACAGAGCUGGGUCCCCCUCCCAGCCUGGGUGUCAGAGGAAGCCAGAACCUAAGACAGGAAGGGUGGGCGUCCUCGCGCGGGCCGGGGGGGGCGGUGGGAAGUCAGCUGGCUGCCAUGCUUGGGAGAGCACACACCUCACCUUGAGGAGGUGGUGCGCUGGGGCUGGCGGUCCCAGUGCCCCCUACGUGCCUGGGGAUAGACCCUCCUUGUGUACCCUGGUCUCAGCCCCUCGGUACCUUCUUUCCUGGGCUGGGCUGCUGGGCCGGAGCAGUCACUGCUUCUGUCUCCUUAGGAGGUACCCCCGAGGCAGGGCGGUGUCCUGUUCCUUUGGAAAAUGCUGUUGACUGUGGACUGCUCCCCUACACGUGUGCACAGCACCCCACCCCCCACCCUGCGUGCCCGGCUGGGCUUCAGGGGCGCUCCCUGCCGUCUCGUUCGCCCAUGAGCUGCCCUAUUUUCUCUACAGUUUCUUUAUAGAAGUAAGUUGAAGGACAAAGCGUUGAACAAGCCACAGGGGCUGGGAGGAUUUUGUGCCCAGGGCCCUCCGUGUUCUGCACCAGUGCCAGGUGACAAUGAGGCACCCGUCACUUGGUUUCUUGGCCUCUGUGGCUGACAUCCCUCCCCUUGGACUGGCUCCAAGUGCAAGCAGCACUGGACUGGGUCUUAGGGGGAGGGGCCGCAGGAGGCUCCUCCACUGCCCAGCUCCUGGGUGGUGCUCAGCCGUUGCUCCGAUCCCAGAGGGGAUGAUAUGACAGCUGUGUCUCCUUGCACCGGAGCCUUCCGAGGCCCUGACAGAGCCCUCGCAGCAGGUGGGAAUUCCCGUGCUGGGCAAGAUUCAAACCCUGCAGCGUGUUCUGUCUGUGGUCUCUUAGGAAUGGAGGCCUUGAGGCCCCGCACUUCAUGCACGUCCUGUCAUGAAGGUAAUGGCCAAGAAUAAACACCGCCCCCUCCCCACCAGGGGUGGGAGGUCCAGGCUCCGUGGGCUGUGCGGGAACUGGUACCUGUCGGUGGGCAGCAGGCACGUGCUCCCCUGUGCUCCAUUUUCUGUCCUUUCCCUCUUGCACAAGGCCAUGAGGUCCACUCGUGCUGGGCAGGGUCAGGCUGAGCCCUCCUCGCUAUGCCACUGCUGCUGUCCCUAAUAGCAGUAACCAGGAGCGCCACCCCCACCCCGUCUUCUGUGCAUCAGGCACUGUGCUCACCCCUUACGUGUGCUAACUCAUUUAAUCCCCAUUUCAUGUCUUCGUGGGCCCAAUUUACAGCUGGUUUGCAAGGCUGGGUGGGGGAAGGGCCGGGGGGGCGGGCGGGAAGCGAAGGAGAGCCCUGGAGCUGGGUGUUAGUCGUGUGCGCAAAUCACAUCUGAUUAGGUACUGGAGCCAGGGACCCCAUUUAAAGUGAGAUUUUCCACAUCACCACAUCCCUGCCCGGGAUGCCAAGAUCUGCCACCUGCUUUACUAGAAUAAUUGCACUCAACACAUAAUUAAUAGAGUCUCAGGGAUGUUGCAACAAUAUGAUCACAGUUGUGUGUGUGCCCAGGCUCAGUGGCCUGAGGCUGGGUGAGGUGGGACAGGGGCAUAAGCCCAGAAUGACAGGGAAGCCAGAUUGGUUCAGCAGCCAUUGCUCGUUAAAGGCAUCCCAUGUGCCAGGUCCAAGGCCAAAGAUGAGGAUGACAUGGUGGGGGCCUUCAGGUGGCUGGGGACAUGGGCAAUGUGUGAUGCUGACCACUAGACUUUCAUGUCAGUUAUUCUGUACGCACUGUGUGCAAAGCGUCGGGAUAGGCCUUGGUGACUGAGUAAUAUAAAGGGGGCUUUGAAAGUUCAUGGAAAAUGGAGUUAAAAGGUAUGUUUAUUUUGGUGCAGAAAAAUUUGAAAUCCAUGCAUAUGGAGGAUCUGCUAACAGUUCAUGGAAAAUGCCUGUUAUGGGAAAAAAUUCAUAGAUUCCAAAAUUUUCUGCACCAAAGUAAACUUAUACUUUUUAAUUCUUUUUUCCUGUGAACUUUCUGAAAUCCCCUAAAUCAAAGUCCCGCUGCCUCUGAUAUAAUUAGAGUGGUCUGGUGAGUGUUCCCGGAGCACGGAGUGGGGGAGGGAGAGUUUGGGAGGGGGCAGAUGAUGUUUCAAUCAGUUAAGUGCUAUUAAUUGCUACGAUAUUAAUUAUUGUAAUUAAAUCCAGGGGAGAAAUACCACUUAGAACCUGUCGUGGGUAAGUCCGACAAGAUCAAACGUUAACAGAAAUAUACGGCAAAUGAGACUCGGAGGUUUCCGGAGGAGUGUAAGUUGGUGCUGUGGUCUGACAGUGUCCCCUGACAGCAGCCAGCCAAGGUGAUGGCCUUGGAGGCGGGGCUGUGGGGAGGCGGGCAGGCCAUGAGUGAGACCCUCGUGAAGGUGAUCGGUGGCCUGACAGGAGGCGCCACGGAGUGCCCCCUGCCCUUGCACUGUGCGAGGGUGCGGUGGGAAGGGGCGUGUCUGCACAGAGCUAGCCCUCACUGCACACCAGGUCUGCUGGCACCUUGAUCUUGGAUUUCCCAGCCUCAGAACUGUGAGAAAUAAAUGUCUGUCGUGUGUGCCUUGC